CACAGUCUCUGAACACAAAUCAACUAACACAACCCAGAAAAAGCAAAGACGGAGGUGGUUCUCUUUCUAUCAGCGUUGAUGAAGAUAUUAGAGAUGGCGCAUACGACAGUGCCACUUCUGUUGAUGUUUUUUCUAUCUACUCUAUCCAGCAACUCGUCAUUCCAGCCUGCUCUAGUAUUAGAAAUGGCCAAGAUUCUUUUGGAAAACUACUGCUUCCCUGAGAACCUGGUUGGGAUGCAAGAGGCCAUCCAACAAGCUAUCAACAGUGGAGAAAUCCUGCAGAUUUCAGAUAGGAAGACCCUGGCAACUGUGCUCACAGCUGGAGUACAAGGAGCAUUGAAUGAUCCUCGGUUGACCAUUUCCUAUGAGCCUAAUUUUGUCCCAGUGAUGCCACCAACUCUGUCAUCUCUUCCAAAAGAACAGCUGAUCCGGCUGGUGAAAAGCUCUGUCAAGGCGGAUAUCUUGGAAAACAAUGUUGGCUAUCUACGGAUAGAUCGGAUCAUUGGGGAGGAAACAGCAGUAAAGUUUGGCUCGCAGCUCAUGGGAAAUAUCUGGGAUAAUAUUGCUCACACAUCCUCACUAAUCUUUGACCUAAGGUACAGCACAGCUGGAGAGCUCUCUGGAGUUCCUUUUAUUAUCUCCUAUUUCUCAGACCCUGAAUCCGUUAUUCAUAUUGACACUGUAUAUGACAGGCCUUCAAAUUCAACCAGGGAACUAUGGACCAUCCCAUCUAUAGUGGGGGAAAGGUAUGGAAAGAAAAAAGAUGUCAUUAUUUUGACCAGUAGAUCCACAACGGGGGCUGCUGAGGCAGUGGCGUAUGCUCUAAAAAACCUAAGGAGGGCCACCACAGUUGGAGAAAAGUCUGCUGGUGGGUCGGUGAAAGUCCAAAAAAUAAGGAUUGCUCAGUCGAAGUUCUACAUAACAGUUCCUGUGGCAAGAUCUGUCAGUCCAAUUACAGGUCAGAGCUGGGAGGUCACUGGUGUUUCUCCAAAUGUCCACAUCAUUGCCAAGGACGCUGUUGCAAAAGCCAAAUCACUUCUGGCUAUAAGGAAUUCUAUUCCAAAAGUUGUCCAAAGAAUCUCUGACAAAAUCGACCGGUUCUACACGUUUACUGAAAGAGUUCCAGCUCUUCUUCAAUUCUUGGAAUCUACAGACUUCGUGUCUGUCAUAUCUGAAGAGGGUCUAGCAAUCAGACUCAACCAAGUGCUCCAGACUGUGUCUGAAGAUCCCAGACUGACAAUCAAAUACAUGCCAGAAUAUGCAGCCAAUGUAGAGGAAGGCCAUGAACAUGAGAAAGUUCCAGACGAACCUGGACUAUUAACGGAAUACAUUGAUACAUUGCUCAAAGUGGAAAUUCUCCCAGGCAACACUGGUUAUGUCCGCUUUGACAGGUUUGUCAAGUCAUCUGCUGAAUUAGAAGAGGUCAUGGCUAAAAAGGUAUGGGUACCCCUCAAAGAUACUGCUAACUUGAUUAUUGAUUUGCGCUAUAACACCGGUGGAUCCUCUACCUCUCUAGCCAUUAUUUUGUCUUAUCUACAGGACACAUCACAGAAGCAACACUUUUUUACAAUAUAUGACCGAACUCAGAAUAGUACAACAGAACACAACACUUUGCCUAAAAUUACAGGACCAGCGUAUAGCUCAAAGCGGGAGAUUUACGUGUUAACCAGUUAUUACACAGCAAGUGUUGGCGAAGAGUUUGCUUAUCUGAUACAGUCAUUACAUCGUGGCACAGUCAUUGGGGAAAUAACAUCUGGUACCCUGAUGCACUCAAAGACCUUUAAAAUAGAGGGGACCAAUAUUGCCAUCACUGUUCCUUUCAUAAACUUUAUCGACAACAACGGAGAAUUCUGGCUGGGAGGUGGGGUGGUACCUGAUGCCAUUGUGCUUGCUGAAGAAGCAGUGGACCAUGUUCAUGAGAUUGCUGAAUUUCACAAAGGACUAAAUUCCCUCAUACAAGGAGCUGGAGAUUUGUUAGAAGAUCACUACGCAAUCCAUGAAGUCGCGCUAAAGGUUAGCAAGGUGCUGGUAAGUAAAUGGGCUGACGGAUUAUACCGCUCGGUGGUUGACUUUGAGUCUUUGGCAUCACAGCUGACAGCAGAUCUCCAAGAGACUUCAGGUGAUCACCGACUGCAUGUUUUCCACUGUGAGGUUGAGCCUGAGUCACUUCAUGAACUCUCAAAGAUUCCUACAGCAGAGGAAGUGGGCUAUAUAAUUGAUGCUCUUUUUAAAAUUGAGCUUCUACCAGGUAACAUUGGCUAUUUAAGGUUUGAUAUGAUGGCAGACAUAGAAGUGGUAAAAGCCAUCGGGCCGCAUCUCAUAAAAUCUGUUUGGAGCAAGAUAAUAAAUACAGAUGCCCUCAUAAUUGAUAUGAGGUACAACAGUGGUGGUUAUUCAACCGCGAUUCCACUUUUGUGUAGUUAUUUCUUUGAUGCAGAACCUCUACACCAUCUUUACUCUGUUUUUGACCGAACAACAACCACAAUGACAGAAGUCAUGACAAUUCCACAGGUGAGAGGUCAAAGAUACGGAUCCUCCAAGGAACUAUUCAUCUUGACCAGUCAUAUGACUGGGUCAGCAGCCGAAGUAUUCACUUGCACAAUGAAGGACCUAAAUCGGGCCACAAUUGUUGGCGAGCCAACAACUGGUGGGUCUUUAUCAAGUAGAACCUAUCAGAUCAGAGACACUGUCCUGUAUGCCUCCAUUCCUAACCAAGCUGUUUUUAGUGCCAUCACUGGAAAAAUGUGGAGCUUUUCUGGGGUUGAGCCCCAUAUUGCUGUCCAGGCAAAUGAGGCUCUAUCUGUAGCUCAGAAAAUCCUAGAGUCAAGGUUGCUGAAGAGAAUCAUCAACCUCCGUGCCCAAGUUCCAGCAAUCAUUGAGGGAUCAGCAACCCUGAUCGCUGACAACUAUGCCUUUGAAAAUAUUGGGUCAGAUGUUGCAGCAAAGCUCAAAGAGCAGCUGGAAAGUGGCACGUACAAUAUGGUUGUCUCCAAGCAGAGUUUGGAAUCGAAGUUGUCUGCUGAUCUGCAGACCCUUUCUGGGGACAAGAGCCUGAAGACCACCAGCAACACUCCAGCCCUACCACCAAUGGAUUAUACCCCAGAAAUGUACAUUGAACUGAUCAAAGUCUCCUUCCAUACUGACGUAUUUGAAAACAACAUCGGCUAUCUGCGUUUUGACAUGUUUGGAGACUUUGAGGAGGUGAAGCCUAUUGCCCAGGUUAUUGUUGAACAUGUCUGGAACAAAGUUCUCAACACUAAUGCUUUGAUCGUUGACCUCAGGAACAAUCUUGGGGGGCCAACAACAGCUAUCGCAGGCUUCUGUUCCUACUUUUUUGACGCGGACAAGCAGAUUGUGUUGGACAAGCUUUACGACAGAUCAUCUGGAACCAUCACAGAGCUCCAAACUCUGCAGGAACUCACCGGUGUACGGUAUGGCUCCAAGAAAAGCGUAAUCAUCCUGACCAGUGGAGCUACUGCUGGUGCUGCAGAAGAGUUUGUUUACAUCAUGAAGAAGCUGGGCCGCGCCAUGAUCAUUGGCGAAACUACAGCUGGGGCGUCCCACCCACCCAAGACCUUCCAGGUCGGCGAGACCGAUAUCUUCCUCAGCAUCCCCACUGUUCACUCCGACAAUUCUGCAGGGCCAGCCUGGGAGGGAGCCGGCAUUGCACCUCACAUUCCCGUCCCAGCUGAUGCUGCCCUCGACACCGCCAAAGGCAUAUUCAACAAGCACCGUUAAAGAAACCAAGUCCUGAACAAAGUCAUGGGGGACACAAUCACCUCUUUGUUUUGGCAGCCAAAUAAUCUCAAGAGUCUAGACUUGUUUAAGAAGUGAACAACAUAGGUUUGUUGCUCAUAACUAAGCCUUUUUAGUCUGUUCUUAAAGUAGAGGAAAGUUUUCUGUAGUUUUCAUUUCUGUCAAAUAUUACUGUGCUGAGGUGGUUGAGAAUGAAUGGCUCUCAAAAGCCUAUGCAGUUCUUUGUGAAGUUAGUGUUUGUCAAAGACGUCUGGAAAAAACAUCAACAAAACUUUGCAAAAUUAUAAUUAGGAGCUCUGUAUAAUAAUCAAUUUGUUACUCUGAUGAAGAAACUAUCACAUGUGAUGUUCUUACUGUGGAUACAACAUGCAUCGUUUUUCCACUAUGUAGUGAACUUCGUGCCAUGUGAACAUUUCUGGGUUUUAUCAGACACAAUAAAAAACAAACUGAAAUAUA